AUGGAAUUGAAGAAGUCAAUCUUUAUUGGAAUGUGUGUUCUUGGUGGGAUUGGAGUUGGUUAUGCCGUAUACUGGGACUAUAUGCGACGGACCAACCCCGAAUUUAGAAAGAAGUUGAGAAAUAAAAAGCGGGCAGCAAAACUUAAGAAGGCGGCGGUAGAAGGUGCUAAAGUGAAGGUAGCCGAUUUUGUGAGAAAGGCCGUCGAAGAUGUCGCGAAAGAAACUUUUCCCGCUGAUGUUAGUGCCAAAGAAAAAUAUUUCAUGGAACAAGUAGCCAAGGGCGAAAGUUUAUUUGGCAGUGGAGAAGAUCAUUAUCUCGAUGCCGCUCUCUGCUUUUAUAAAGCAUUGAAGGUAUAUCCAAACCCUGUUGAAUUAAUCAUGAUCUAUCAAAAAACAAUCCCCGAAGCAGUAUUCACUUGUGUUUACGAAAUGAUGAGCCUCGAGGUAAAAAAGAAACAAGCAGAAUACUUUGAAAACUUUCCACCUAAAGAUAUGAACGUUAGGAUAAAAGAGAUUAGUCAGGGUUCUUCGGAUGAAAAUGUUCGUCGUGGGCUCUUUGCCGCAAAGGACUUUUCUCCGGGUGACGUUAUCUUUAAGGAAAAUCCAAUUGCGUCAGCUCUUGACCCAAGUCUUGAGACUGGCGAUUAUUGUAGUUACUGUCUCAAAGAGCUUGUCAGCGGAUCAGUCCAUGAUGAUUCUGAUCUCUUUGAAGCUGUUUAUUGUUCCAAGAAUUGUCAAGAAAAGGCAAUGAACGAAUACGCUGCACUUCUUUUUACCAGUAAUGAACCAUCCGAUCCUGAGAGUAAAGAAGCUCGAUUGGUUGGAUUGGUUAAAUCAGGAAAUGUCAAAUUCCCUCUGAUGAUCGCGAGAUUUCUAGCAAAGAUGGUUCAUGAGGAAACGCAAAAAGUCGCCACGGGGGUUGAUGAAGAAUACUCUACUUGGGAUCAUAUCGAACGGCUACGUUUCUUGAGCGUACCUCCUUCAGAAAAAGAGGCUAAGGAGAUUAAACUCUUGAGGGAAUUGUUCGCAGCAAAGGUCCCUGGUAUGGAAGAAUUCAUUUCUGAGGAAAGAUAUUUAAUGCUGAAAGGAAAGCUUAUGUAUAAUGCAUACGGCAUAAACACUUCUCGCGACAACGAAAGGAACAUAAGAGAGAAUACCGAAGAAACCAUUCGCUCCAGUAAAUCACCAGUAAUUGGUGCAGGCUUCUAUCGUGUUGCCUCUUAUAUAACCCAUUCGUGUGAUCCUAAUACGGAGACCAAAUUCCCAAGUAAAAAUUAUGAAUUAUCAAUUGUGGCCACAAAACACAUCAAAGCUGGCGAUGAAUUGAAAAUUAGCUAUAUCAGGACUGGGAAUAGAGAUUUAAAGAGUAGAAGAGAUGAAUUAGAGGCAAAAUGGAGAUUCAGCUGCGAAUGCACCAAGUGUCGAUUGGAAUCUGGUGAUUGCGAAACCGCUGUAUGA